AUGGGGCUUAUGAAUCCUGAGUUCACUAGUGCUGGCGAGGGGCUCUUCUUGGGGACUACAGUUCCAAAGAUGUUUGCAGGAGGAGUGUGCCCGGGGUCCAAUGAUCCUUGUGUGGAGAAGCCGUGCCCAGAGGACAUGCAAUGUGUGGGUUAUGAGGCCAGCAGGAGACCAUUCCUCUGCCAGUGUCCUCCAGGGAAGCUCGGAGAGUGCUCAGGGCACACUUCUCUCAGUUUUGCUGGAAACAGUUACAUCAAGUACCGGCUUUCUGAAAAUAGCAAAGAGGAAGACUUCAAGCUAGCUCUGCGCCUGAGAACCCUGCAAAGCAACGGGAUCGUAAUGUAUACUCGAGCCAACCCCUGCAUGAUUCUGAAGAUUGUGGAAGGCAAGCUGUGGUUCCAGCUGGACUGUGGCAGUGGCCCUGGGAUCCUAGGCAUCUCCAGCCGUGCUGUCAACGACGGGAGCUGGCACUCAGUCUUCCUGGAGCUCAAUCGCAAUUUCACCAGCCUGGCCCUGGACGACAGCUAUGUGGAGCGGCGCAGGGCGCCCCUGUACUUCCAGACGCUAAGCACCGACAGUGCCAUCUUCUUUGGUGCCCUGGUGCAGGCAGAUAACAUCCGCAGUCUGACGGACACGCGAGUCACACAGGUCCUCGGUGGCUUCCAGGGUUGCCUGGACUCCGUGGUGCUUAAUCACAACGAGCUGCCCCUCCAAAACAAGCGCAGCAGCUUCGCCGAGGUCGUGGGUCUGACGGAGUUGAAGCUGGGCUGUGUGCUCUACCCGGAUGCAUGCCAACGCAGCCCCUGUCUGCACGGGGGCAGCUGCAGCGGCCUGCCCUCUGGCGGCUAUCAGUGUUCCUGUCUCUCACAGUUCACUGGAAGAAACUGUGAAUCAGAGAUCACAGCCUGCUUCCCCAACCCUUGCCGGAAUGGAGGAUCCUGCGACCCCAUAGGAAACACUUUCGUCUGCAGCUGUAAAACUGGCCUCACAGGUGUCACGUGCGAGGAUGACGUGGACGAGUGUGAGCGAGAGGAGUGUGAGAAUGGGGCCUCCUGCGUCAACCUCUUUGGCUCCUUCUUCUGCAACUGCACCCCAGGCUAUGUGGGCCAGUACUGUGGCUUGCGUCCCGUGGUCGUGCCCAACAUCCAAGCCGGCCACUCAUACGUGGGCAAGGAGGAACUGAUAGGCAUUGCUGUGGUCCUCUUCGUCAUCUUCACCCUGGUCGUGCUCUUCAUCGUCUUUCGCAAGAAGGUCUUUCGAAAGAAUUACUCGCGGAACAACAUCACGCUCGUGCAGGACCCAGCCACAGCCGCGCUGCUGCACAAGAGCAAUGGCAUCCCAUUCCGUAGCCUGCGUGCAGGGGACGGGCGCAAUGUGUACCAGGAGGUGGGGCCCCCACAGGUGCCAGUGCGCCCCAUGGCCUACACACCCUGCUUCCAGAGCGACUCCAGGAGCAAUAUGGACAAGGGGCUGGAUGCACUGGGUGGUGAGCCACAGGAGAUGAGCACGUUCCAUCCAGAGUCUCCGCGCAUCCUGACUGCACGUCGAGGUGUGGUGGUAUGCAGCGUGGCCCCCAACCUCCCAGCUGUGUCUCCCUGCCGCUCGGACUGCGAUUCCAUCCGGAAGAAUGGCUGGGACACAGGACCUGAAAACAAAGGGGCUGACGACCCGGGAGAGGUGACCUGCUUCACCAACAGUAACAAAGGCAGUAACUCCGAAGUUCAGUCCCUCAGCUCCUUCCAGUCGGAUUCUGGCGAUGACAAUGCAUCCAUAGUGACUGUCAUUCAGCUUGUCAACAAUGUAGUUGACUCUAUAGAGAACGAAGCCUAUCAUUGGGAUACCUCUGACUGGAUGCCUGGGGCACGGCUGUCUGACAUCGAGGAAAUGCCCAACUAUGAGAGCCAAGAUGGAGGGUCGGCACACCAGGGUAGCACACGGGAGCUGGAGAGCGACUACUACCUAGGUGGAUAUGACAUUGACAGUGAAUACCCGCCACCUCACGAAGAAGAGUUCCUGAGUCAGGAUCAGCUGCCCCCACCACUGCCUGAGGACUUCUCUGACCAGUAUGAGGCACUGCCUCCCUCCCAGCCCACCUCACUAGCUGGCACCAUGAGCCCAGACUGCAGGAGAAGGCCCCGGUUUCACCCCAGCCAGUACCUCCCUCCUCACCCACUUCCCAACGAAACAGAUUUGGGGGGCCCCCCCUCCAGCUGCGAUUUUAGUACUUUUGCAGGAAGCAUGAACCAGGGCGCAGAGGUCAUGGGCCCAGCAGACAGCGUGUCUCUGUCCUUGCACAAAUCCAGAGGCACCUCAUCCUCGGAUAGGUCAGCCCGCUGUGGCUUUGACGACUCUGAGGUAGCCAUGAGUGACUACGAGAGCGCAGGCGAGCUCCACCUCGCCAACCUUCACAUUCCCUUCAUGGAAACACAGCACCAGACCCAGGUGUAGAGGACACCCAUAGGUGCUGUGCCCUGACUGUUACAGCAUGGAAGGAAAUAAGCUGCACUUGCGUCUGGAUGGAGAGAAGAAGUCUGUGGAAAUGUGGAUUUUCUAUGAGGAACACCUUCACAAGUCUUACUGUCACAAGCAAGCUUGACUCCCAGAGUGACAAGGAGAGGCUCAGAAAUUGUUUUUGGGGGAGGGGGAGCUGACAAUCCUUGUUUGUGGGUACCUGUGUUUGUGGCUUGGAAUGCAGAGACGAAGGGAUGGGUUUACUAAGUCAAAGGGAGAACACGAAUGGCUUUGAGCAUUACUGUGCCCCGGAAGGUAUGAAAGCAAAGGUCCUUGCAGUAUUAAACCCUGCCACCGCCAGGGGCAUUGGUGCAUGCGAUUUUGAGCCAAGGAAGUGAAAAUAGUAGUGAUGUUUGUCAGAAAGUUAGUGUUCUAGAUGAAAGAAAAGAGACGUGAAUGUUAAACAAGAAGGUGGACGGAAGCCUUUAAAACCAACUCUAUUUUUAAACAAGCUGUCUAAUUUUCAGCUAUAAAAUUAGGUUUGAGUAACA